GCACGCACGCACACACACGCACACAUACACACACAUAUUCCCGCAUCCUGUAUUCCUUAUGCACCUCGCACCGGGCGCUUUAUAAGCGGUCGUGGAUUAUGAUGCCAGUUUUUAUCACAGCGGAAUAUCGGCCUCUUCUUCUUCGACUGCAGCCGCAAACAGCAGUAAAAUCGCGUGCUUUUUAGAUUUCUUUUAAAUCCGGGUUUAUUUUGUAAUUUGGUUAAUACUACUGAGUACCGAGAGACCGCCACGACGCAAAGCCUCACGUCCGAUGCUUUUGGAACAUGUCCUAUGUUCCCUUCCAAGAUGCAAGGUGUGCCGUCCCCCCCUCCUACCAUCCUCAUCACCAUCAUCGCUCCCACGCCCACUCCUUCCAAGCUCCUUCCUUCCAACGUCCCUCUCACGAACGUCCCUCCUACGACCGUCCCUCCUACGACCGUCCAUCCUUUGAUCGUCCCGUUCUUGAGCGCCCUUCCUUCGACCGCCCUUCCUUCGACCGCCCCUCCUUUGACCGUCCUGCCUACGAGCGCCCUUCCUUCCACCGUCCUUUGCACGAGCGCCCCGUCUACGACCGCCCCUUGCACGAGCGUCAACCCCUCGAUCGCUGGAACCCCCGUCGUUGUGUGAGCUCUGGACAUCAGUACAGCAUGUUGGACCAGGAAGAGGUACACCCUUUGCUGAUGCGCGAGAGGCGCUCCGAGUCCCACAGGAACAAGCUGCUGCGUCGGACAGUCAGCGUUCCUGUUGAGGGAAGGCAUCACCCCGAGAUGGAUCACCGUGCCCGGAGGAAGAGCAUAGCCACUGGGAAGCAACCCAGCAUGGAGGUCCCUCCCACUGCCCCCCUUCAACCCUUCCGACAAUCCAGUUUCCUCAGUAAGAGGUUGAAGGGCUCCAUCAAGAGGGCCAAGAGCCAGCCGAAACUGGACCGAACGAGCAGUUUCCGCCAAAUGAUCCUCCCCCGCUUCCGCAGUGCCGACCAAGACAGGACCCGUUUGAUGCAGAGCUUCAAAGAGUCCCACUCCCAUGAGUCCCUGCUGUCUCCCAGCAGCGCCGCCGAGGCGCUGGACCUCACCCUGGACGAGGACGCCAUCAUCAAACCUGUCCACUCCAGCAUCCUGGGACAGGAGUACUGUUUCGAGGUGACAACGGCGUCAGGAACCAAGUGCUUUGCGUGUCGCUCAGCCGCAGAGAGAGACAAAUGGAUCGAGAACCUGCAGAGAGCUGUCAAGCCCAACAAGGACAACAGCCGGAGGGUGGACAAUGUGCUCAAACUGUGGAUAAUCGAAGCCCGCGAGCUGCCGGCUAAGAAGCGCUACUACUGCGAGCUGUGCCUGGACGACAUGCUGUACGCCCGCACCACCAGCAAGCCCCGCACCGACACCGUCUUCUGGGGCGAGCACUUUGAGUUCAACAACCUGCCGGCCGUCCGCAACCUGCGCCUUCAUCUGUACAAGGAGACGGACAAGAAGAGACGGAAGGAAAAGAGCACAUAUUUAGGCUUGGUCAGCAUCCCCAUCUCAAGCAUCACCGGGCGGCAGUUUGUGGAGCAGUGGUACCCGGUCAUCCAGCCCAGCGUCCUCACGAAGGGAGCCGGCGUCGGCGGGGGCAAGAUCAUCAACGCGUCGCUGCGCCUCAAAUCCCGCUUCCAAACCAUGAACAUCCUGCCCAUGGAGCUGUACAAGGAGUUCGCCGAGUACGUCACCAACAACUACCGCACCCUGUGCGCCGUGCUGGAGCCCGUGCUGAGCGUGAAGAGCAAAGAGGAGGUGGCCUGUGCUUUGGUGCACAUCCUGCAAAGCACGGGGAAGGCAAAGGAUUUCCUGUCUGACAUGGCGAUGUGUGAGGUAGACAGAUUCAUCGACCGAGAACACCUUAUCUUCAGAGAGAACACUCUGGCCACCAAAGCCAUAGAAGAGUACCUCAAACUGAUCGGACAUAAGUACCUCAAGGAUGCUAUCGGGGAGUUCAUAAGGGCCUUGUAUGAGUCAGAGGAAAAUUGUGAAGUGGACCCUAUGAGAAUACCACCCUCUGUGCUACCAGACCACCAAGCCAACCUUCGCAUGUGCUGUGAACUGGCACUCUGCAAAAUCGUUAACUCCCAUUGUGUUUUCCCUCGUGAGCUGAAGGAAGUCUUUGCCUCCUGGAGAGUGCGAUGUGCCGAGAGGGGUCGGGAAGAUAUCGCCGACCGUCUCAUCAGCGGCUCGCUCUUCCUGCGCUUCCUGUGUCCUGCCAUCAUGUCUCCAUCUCUCUUCAACCUCACCCAGGAGUAUCCCGACGAGCAGACGUCCCGCACGCUCACCCUCAUAGCUAAAGUCGUGCAAAACCUGGCGAACUUCUCCAAGUUUGGCAAUAAAGAGGAGUACAUGUGUUUCAUGAACGAGUUUUUAGAGAUGGAGUGGGGCUCCAUGCAGCAGUUCCUGUACGAGAUCUCCAACCUGGACAGCGUCAGCAACGCCGGCGGCUUUGAGGGCUACAUUGAUCUGGGCCGGGAGCUGUCCAUACUGCACAGCCUCCUGUGGGAGGUCAUGGCUCAGCUCAGCAAGGAUGCUAUCAUCAAACUGGGUCCUUUGCCCCGCCUCCUGAAUGACAUCAGCAUGGCGCUGCGUAACCCUCACCUCCAGAGGCAGCCCAGCCACCAGACAGACCGGGUGCAGGAAAGGCAGACGGACCGGCUGCUGUCUCGACCGAGCUUCAACCGAGGCAUCUCGUCCGAGUUCCAGAAUCUCAUGAUGAGGGACUUAAACAGCUCCAUAGAUAUCACUCGUUUGCCUUCCCCCACCUCCACCGGAGGCGUCAUGCCGUCCCGCUCCCAGCUGAGUUUCCAGGACCGCGACCACCCUCACCGAGCCUCCAAAGACAUGUUUUACGUUUCCCGGCCGCCGCUGGCCCGCUCCAGCCCGGCGUACUGCACGAGCAGCUCCGACAUCACGGAACCAGACGCCAAGGAUUCCCCAAUGAACAGCGUGUCUAACCUGCAGUCGGUGGACAUGCUCAACUCCUCCCAGGCCUCCAUCGCCGGUAUGGGCAGCUUCGGUGGGCUGAGCAGCGGAGGCGGUGGCGGCCUGGGGUCGGGCCUGAGCAGCCAGCUGCGGGCCGGUGGGAGGUUGUCAGCUGGCUCUGGCGGCUCCAGCAUGUCAGGCGGCCUCCGGCUGAGCCAGCUGAGCCAGAUGGGCACCACCACCGACUCGCUAUCCCAGCAGCAGCAACACCAGGCCGCCGCCAUGCGCUACCCGCUUUCCUUCCAGAAUCCCCUCUUUCAUCUGGCGACGGCUGACGGGCCACAACAACAGCUCCAUCACCAGCACAGCCGGGCUCAACCCCCGGCGCCCCUGCUCCUGGCCCCUGAACCCGAGCCCUCGCAUCCGAGCUACAUCCCGCAGUUCGCCCACGGAGGGUUCUCUCGCAGCGAGGAUCUGUCCACCCUCAGGACCCGGGACGGUCACCUGGGCCAGCCCAGCAUUAUCCAUUCGCACAGCUACAGCGACGACUACAGCAGGGCUGACUACGGACGCAGGCAGAUCUCCAUGCACAUGCCGGACAACCUCCAGCAGCAACAAGACAUGAUGGGAAUGGCCUCCCAAACCGGAACGUCCCACUCCUCCCUGGCCACCACGCCUCCCUCCACCGUCCAGCCGAUGCGGCAGAGUUCUGUCGCUCCACCUCCCAGCCAGCGCGUCAAGUCCCAGACUUCCCACCAGCUGUCCGUCAGCGCGGCGGCCACACCCGCCGCCUCUGGUAAAACCCGUCCCCAAAGCGGCAAUCUGCUCCAGUCUCCAGAGUCCGGCUACGGCGGCAGGCAGCACGGGCCCCGGCAGCUAUCCGUCAAAGACAACACUGCCCCGGGUCUCCCCCACCAGCAGAGCUCUGUCAGGGAGAGCGGGAGUCCACAGGGGACCACCAGUCAGAGCACUCAGCAGUCACCGCAGCAGUCUCAACAGCACCUUCUGAAACCCACCAUGAGUAAACAGGGCUCCCAGUCACCGUCUACCCUCAAUCCCCCGACUCCGGCCAAUGAGCGGACCGUGGCCUGGGUCUCCAACAUGCCUCACCUGUCGGCAGACAUCGAAAGUUCCCGAAUCGACCGUGAGGAUUUCAAGCUGAAGGAGUAUUCAAAAAGCAUGGAUGAGUCGCGCAUGGACAGGGUCAAAGAGUACGAGGAGGAAAUCAACUCCCUGAAGGAGCGUCUACUGAUGUCCCACAGAAAGCUGGAGGAGUAUGAGAGGAGGCUGCUUUUGCAGGAGCACCAGACCAACAAGAUCCUCCUACAGUACCAAAACCGCCUGGAGGACAGCGAGAGGAGGCUACGACAGCAGCAAAUGGAGAAAGACACCCAAAUUAAAGGAAUAAUUAACAGGAAAGAAGACUCGGAGUGAAGACAGGGAGUCCUGCUCGUCCGUUAAGGAAAAAGCAUCUGUAACGCUCUAACUGAGCUUAUAAAACAACCUUAAACUGCCCUCCCUCAUCCAGUGCUGUUGCACCCACCAGCAGCCAUGUUUUUUUUUUGUGUGUUUUUGUUUUUUUUAUGAACACAUGCUCCUUUACCGGAUUUUGGAAUCAGAUGGGAUAAUUCCAUAUAGUUUUCCAAUAGUUUUUUUUUCCAGAAGAUCUCCUAGUAAAAGCACAAAAGGAGUGAGAAUUUAAUAACUUCAAAGGUGGAAGAGAAAAAAAAAAACUGCACUUUUUAAAUGAUUGUUUUUGGACUUUAAUGCACAGGACUGGCAAAGACCACGGUUUGAUACGAGCUCUUCCACUUUUGUUGAAGGUGAACUCUGUUCACUGGAGGACUGCUGAGGUUUCUCUGCACAGAAGAGACGUGGGGACUAAUACCUCUCUCCUUUUUUAUACGUAGUAGGAGGAGGACGGAAGAUCACAAAAAAAACUUGAAUAUAUUAAUUGUGAAGUCUCGGACGGAAAGGCAUAGAGGAACUAUGCUACAUUAGCAGUGCUUAAAGCACCCCCCCCCCCCCCCCUUGAUUAUCUCCCUCUGGGAUUUAAGCUUCAAGUGAAUACAGACACUCGCUACCAAGGCUUACACUUGUACCUUGUGCGUCCCACCCUGACCAUCUGACCGCACAGGGACCAAUCACGUAGCAGAUCUGGAUGCUUCCGAGUCAGCUUUGACUCACAGAUCACUGAGCCAGACCACGUCAGAAAGUGCAUUGCAGGACUUGUGCAUCACCUGGACACAUUAGGAAUGAGAAUGCACACGAGAGCAACGCGGCCCAGAAUGCCAAGAAGCAGCGUCUCCGGCCAUCCUGCCGGAUUGACUGGACUCCAGAGUCUAAGUGAAUUAACAAGUGCAAGCAUAGCCUUAUGUUCUGUUUCCUCCUCAGCUGACCUUCGUGUUCGGCUGACUCCUUCCAGUAGAUUACUAAUGGUGAAAUGCAAGCUCAGGUCUGAUGUUGCUCCUGGGUCAGCUUGCAGAAAUCUCGUCUUUCCCUGCAGAACUAAAACCUGUCUGCAUCGUAUUUGUUUUCUUUUAGAAAAGCCUUAAUGCUCUGUGUGUGAAGUUUCCUUAAGCUCAGAGCAACGCCAGUAUCUGUUAAUAGACCGGACCUGGUCUCUGCAGUCUAAUUUAAACCAAAGCAACACGUUAAGGGAAUAGUUUGGACUUUUUAGGAAGGCGCUGUGAAGAGGUUAAAAUUAGUCAUCUUACUUGCCGCAGAUAACUCCUCAUACGUCUGAGUAAGGCCCCGACUGAAGCAGAUUUCUCAUACCUUACAGAACCGAAAGGCAUUAUGAAGAACCUGUAUGUCAUAAUUACAUCAAACCUCGUAUCCUUUAGAUUGUUGCAUACAUGGGGUUUUACAGUUUGCAUAAAUCAUUUAUGCAAUCAUAUAUCAAAUCAUUUUCUUUCUUUUUUUCCUUUCUUAAAUUAGAAACACAAAAGCAGGGCAAGAAAACAAACCGCUGCUGCCAGGUUACAGCUGCUGCAGGUAUGGCAAGCAGGAUUUAUUUGCAGGUAACUUCUUGAUUGAAAAGAUUUCAAACUACCUCAGUCGGUUUGGGCUGAACUGUCAUCCAAAAGGGUGAUGAAGGGUUUCUCUAGCUAAAGAAAUUGUGUUUGUCUCACAGCAGCAGACGUUGCAGUGUGUGUGAAUACAUGACAAAUUGGCUUUCCAUACUUCCACCACUCGCUUUCCACAUCUGCUGCAGUUCACUGGGAAGAACGGUUGAUAAAAGCAGGCAGGCAGAUCCCUGCAUCGCUUCAGUGCAGAGUGCUUCAGACCGCUUCUUCAUCUUUGCAUGUUCUGCCGUUGCACGCAAUCAAAAGCAAGAAAUUCACAUAUUCUUUGUCUGAUUGAAUGUACCAGACUAUGAGGCGUCUUGCAUGAUGGUUUGGGAUAAAUACAAAUUGAAAUAGAAAUCUAUGGCUAUUUACAGUAAUGGCUGCAAGUUUUCAGUUACUAAAGUAUUUGGGUGUAAAAAUGGGAAAGAAAUAACUCCAAUGCAAACAAGAUGACAGUAUAAUUUAAUUAUCUAGUAGCAUUCAUAUAAACUUCUAGAAAAUGUUUUAGAGCAAAGGUCAGAACAUCUCACCUUUAAUCAAACAUGAGCUCGUCUAAGGAUUAUUCUUCUGCAAGUAAGCUGUCUCCUACCCGUAACUUCCCCGCAGAACCCCUCAUAAAAAGAACGAUAAAAACACACAAAAAAAAAAAAAUCCAAACUAUUCCUUCAAAUUCUAAGGUAUGCUAGUUUAAAUCUACUGAAUCCACUUUACCUGUAGCAUAUGUAAUUAUAAACAUGUAUAUUUGUUUGGUUUCUAGGGUAAAGAUCUUAUUAGUUGACUACAAGUUUUAGACACAGCAUUGAAGUUAUAAAUAUAAAUUACAUUUUUUUUCUCAAGCUGUUUGCUUUCAGUCGAAGAGAUGGAGCGAUGCAGCGGGAGAGAAUCAAAUCUGUGGUCUGUAUUGCACCUAUAAAAGUAAUAAUCUAUUUUUUAAGAUAAUCCAUAUCAUAUUAAAUACAGCGAUGCAAGAGCCAUAGCAGUAAUGAAAUAUAUACAUAUAUAUACAUAUAUAUAUAUAAAAAUGAAUGGUAAAAGUAUAUGAGAGUGAGAUUUUAACCUUGCAAUAGCUAAGUUUUUAGCCGGAGAAGCGCAAUAACAGCUACAAUAUGUCUAGGUGUGCUGUUUGUGCAAAUGCACAUGCAGGAUUCUGAUAUAUCGUAUGCAUUUCCUGUACAUAAAGAAACAGUGACUACCUGCCAAACUCUUCUACCAGGUGCCAUCCACAGCACCCACAUAAAGACGUGGAGUACUGUAAAGUACAAAACGCCACAGAGGCAAUAUCGACAACCAUGACGCAACUCUGACAAAGUUUGCUUAAGUUAUUUAAAGUUGUUUUUUUUGGGAGAAGGGGUUGUUCUGUACAGUGUUUGUGACUUUUUUUUUUUUUUUUUUUUUUUUUGCUUCUUAAAAGAAAGCCUGCAAUGAAUAUUAUUUAUCAAUGAAAGCAUUUAUGUGUAUGAUUUUGCUGUAAAUGCUCGGUAUGAUUUACUUCAUUGGUCAUUGGUGGUGUCCAGUGACAUGGUGAUCAGAACAGUCGUUUGAGAAAGUUAGUACUGUCGUUUAACUUAUGCAGUCACAUUAUUAUCAUUACUAUUAUUAUUAUUAUUAUUAUUAUUAUUAUUAUUAUUAUUGUUUAAACAAAAAACAUUCAUUGAUAGGAACAGUUAAGCAGCUGGAGGGAAUGGCCUCAUUUGGACAGAAAUUGUUCCCAUUCAGUCAACUUCUGAGUUUGUCACUGGUUUGGUUUGCAAGGAGCUUGCGUGUCAACAACGGAAAUAAGAGGGCGUUAAGAUUGGCCUCCUGGGCAGAGGGAUGGUGUUAUGGGCUUUUUCAUGAAAUUGUUCAGCGUAUCGAUGUAGCGCCGUAAUAAAGAAUCCGGCACCCGCGACUGGAUUAAAGUUAUAUAUUCUUCCGUCCGUUAUCUGCACUCGCUCAUCCAUGCAUGGUUUAUUGGGGGGGGGGGCUGGUGCCCAUCCCCAGCAUCCAAUUGGCAAAAAGCAAGACGUUACAGCCUAUAGCAAUAUUUGCCAGCUCCUUGUAAACCGAAUCAUUUGCAAACCCAUGGCUGGUCUGCAUGUGGUCCAUUUUUCCAAAUCUAGCCAUUCCCUUUUGAUGUUCAUUCUUUUUUUGUUUCAGAGAUAUAGGUAAUUUCCUGGUGUCCAUAUAUCUGCCUCUCCUCUGUAGCAAGAAUAUCUGGAUAGGCUGUGUGGAUUGUACUGCAGCAUAUCCGAUGUUUCAAUCUUGCAAAUGAAUUUGUGGUGGUUAUGAGUUUUGGCUCUGUGUGUGUGUGUGUGUGUGUGUGUGUGUGUGUGUGUGUGUGUGUGUGUGUGUGUGUGUGUGUGUGUGUGUGUGUGUGUGUGUGUGUGUGUGAUGGACAUGGCUUAUAGCAACAGCCAAGGGUUUGUUUUUCAGUCUUUUUUUUAUUUAUUUGCAACAGAUCUGUGUCAAAUAGCCACACAUAUGAAACAAUUUCUUGUUUUAAGCAGGCGAGGUGAUGAAUUGCACACCAACUUGUUGAUGGAAGGCGGGUUUUCAAUCAAAGAAUGGAAAGUUUUGUUGGCAGAGGUCAUUAAAAUCCAAUGUAUGUGCAGCUGCUUUUUGAUCCAGGUCUGUCUUUUCAUUGACUUUACACCUUUGUCUCCUGCCUCUUUUUUUCCUCGCUGUAGCACAAUAUUCAGACAUUGUGACCUCAUGUUUGGUAGAUGCAUUGUUUUUUUGUUUUGUUUUUUGACUAACUGUACGACUUGACCUCAAAAGCACACUACUUGAACUGGAUUUUCUUUUUGUGACACAUCACCCACGCAAAUCAUUGUCUGCCUUUUGAAGUCAUGUCGAAUCUUAAUGCUGUACAACCAUGUUCCAUUCCAUUGUUCUUUGGGACGGUGCAAAUAUCUCUGUCUGUGCUGAUGAUUUUACCUAUUCUCUUCUUUUGUAAAAAAUAAAUAAAUAAAAAUAACAACUCU